AUGACGUAUGUAGAAAAUUUCAGCGAAAUUCUAGUUGAUUCAAGUAAAAAAAUUGAAUCCCUGAUAUUUGGUUCGUGCUGCCUUUUGACUCUGAUUGUUUUUAUAUAUGUAAUUAUAAAGAUAUUCUCAUCGCCAAAUAAGCCGCCAACCUGCGAAUCUAUUAUAAUCGCACUAUCUUGUUUCCAACUAUCUCUGGGAACAUGGUUCUAUUUUGUAGACGACGAAUCUUAUAUAAAUAUUCUAAACAAAGGAAUCAAGGUACUACAGUGCCAAGUAAUCUCAUGGACCUGUAUGUACAUCUUGAUGAAGUCAAAGGAGCGUUAUUACAUGAUGUUCAAGGUAUUUUCGGGCUGCUUCUCCGCAGUAUUGUUGUUUUUACUUUUGUACGGACUAACGAGUGGAGAGGUUCCAUUUUACCUUAAAAUCAACACAUACGUCUCAUUUCUAUGGCUCACGAUGUCCUCUGUUAUAUUAUCUAUCGCAAUAAUAAUAAGAAGGAGACUCAAGUUCGCAAUGCUAUUCAAGUUCGACGUGGAGGAAAUCAUAGAUGUUGAAAUUCAGAAGAUGGACAAAACCAACGAACUAGUAGACACAUUCACAAACUCGAAGUUUUCUCAGUUUUUUCUGUUGUCUGCAAUGGAGUUUGCUACUUCAUUGACAACAUUUCUAUGGGAUCUCACCAUAUUUUUGACCGUUAAGAAGAAUGAAAAGAUGGAUUUCUAUGAACUGAACAUGCCAAUUUUUAAGGAAUUUCUACACAUUAUAACAAACUCACUUCUUAUACUGAUUCCCAACUGGACAAUAUUCUUCGUUUUCUACUGGUAUUUCUAA